UGCCAUUCCGCGCAAAGUGCACAACUGACCGCGCCCGACUUCGGCUAACUAACCAACGGCUUUCUGUUCCCUUUUGGGCCGUCCCUCACCAAAGACCGAGUAGGACAAGCUUCUAUUCGUCUGCCGCUUCGCAGUACUUACUUUCACGCGCUUCCCUUCUUUUCCUCUCUCUCCCAUUUCCCGUCCUGGUCCUGUCCUGGUCACCCCCGGCCCCUCCUCUCACCUCCGUCUUCUCUCUUUCAUCCUUUACGUUCGUUUUUUUUUCGGACCUUGUUGCACGUGCCGCGUCUGUGUUGUAUUUGUAUGUGUAAUGUUCACUGCAUUCUGUUGCGUAGCGCUUCUUCGACAUUCCCUGGUUAGUCAGUUGUAACGAACGGCGAGUGUGUCUUUAUGGCACUACAAGAAGCCGACGCUGCUGAACGUUUGACUUUGUUGAAGUGCUGAGGAAGAGGGGAAUCUUGUCAUCGAAACAUUUCUCUGUUGUUCGCCGGGGAAACCCAAACAAUACAAACACCGGGACCCACCACGCAACGAACGCCCUUCUACGCCCGCCCCGACAGGCGCGCAACAGCAACAGUACCUAUCGGCUUAGGAGAGGAAGGGAAGAAAAAAAAAAGGAACCCAUUGUACCGCAACGACCUUACGAACCUCACCGUCGCUUCUUGCAGCAUUUUUGGAAUCCAUUCGACCGACGGCGUUCACUUGCUGCUACUCUCUUAAUUGCUAAUACCCUUCCUUCAACCAGCCGGUGCAAAACGCGCCUUGCACUCAAUCCAUCCGUCUUCUUCCCUUGUUGCUCCCAGCCUCAGGCUCCUCGCGACAACCCACCUCGAAAUUCACCGACGCAACUUUUCGUGCGCUGCACAGAUUGUCAUACCCAAGCUCCGAAGAGCUCGACCGACGCCUCUCGAGGUCCUCCAAUUCUCGCAACUGCACUCCGAGUGCCCUCGCCGACCAGGGCUAGGCUCCGCGACUCCCCAGCCUUCCCACCGCCACAACCCCAACGCGAGAUCCCAUGGCCACAAACUGUCCUCGACGUUAACACCCCUCCGUCCACCAGCCCUGCCUCUCUCCGCCACGUCUUCAAUAUGGCGCCUACGAGUGCCGCCAUCACAGGGUUGCUCCGCCAGGUCGUCUACUACCAUAUCGACAACAAUGCCUACGAGAGUGCCCUCUUCUUCGCCGAGAGGCUAAGCGCCCAAGAUCCCAAGUCGAGCGAGUCUGCACACCUCUUGUCACUCUGUCACCUCCGUCUCGGCGACCACAGGACCGCCUUCGAAAUCAGCAGGCCAUCCGCCUCCCGGGGGUCCAAUCUCGGCGCCGCCUGGGUUUUUGCACACGCGUGUAUGAAGAUGGAACGAUACAAGGAUGGCAUUAACGCCCUGGAAAAGGCGCGGGAGAAGUGGGCUGGCAAGAUGAACUUGGGCAAACACACCACCUCGACUCGUUCAUUAUAUCCUGACGAGGCUGCUGUUCUUUGUCUGCUCGGCAAGCUUUACCGGGCCUACGAUGACAAGCGGAGAGCCAUUGAGUGUUUCGAGAACGCAGUGAGGGUAAACCCUUUCAUGUGGGACGCCUUCCAGGCCCUCUGCGAUAUGGGUGUGAAGCUGCGCGUACCCAACAUUUUCCAGGUCACCGACCCUCUCGUCCACUCGUUCGAAUCAGAGGUCGCGACAACGUCAUAUGAGUCCAAGGACGGCACGGCCAACUCUUUUGAGCCCAAGAGGCCCUCGGCGCGCCCUGCAAUGGACUCGUCCGACCCCUUCAACCUCCAUCGUUCCUCCACCUACCAGGACAUGCCCUACAGCGCUAAUAUGUUUUCUGCCGAGGCUGAAGAGAACGACUUCAUGUCCAAGAUCACUGCCGCAAGGUCAAGGUUGGCACCGCCUGCCACGAGCAAUGGGGACCUAGAUCUCUUGGAAACCCCCACGGGGCCGGUAUCCAUGCCCGAAGUGCCGACCGUGCGCUCGACACUAGGCGCCGCCGAACCACCACAAGCACCGCCACGCAGGACGAGGACGGCUCAGGCCGUUGACCCCGGCUUCCUUGAAGCUCCGCCGAAGAUGAGCUACAAGCUGGGCGGCGCUAAGAGAAGCACCAGAAGUCAGGAUAAAGAGCAACAACAGUCCGUGGAGCUGCAUUCCGACACAGGCACUGGCACUGGAACCCUACGAUCGACAGUGGCGCCUACAGAACGGAAAAGGACGGUGUCCGGGCAUCCUGUUUCCCGUCAACUUUCGGAAGAAGCGAGUGCGCCCACCCAACGGAGAAGCGCGAGGCUCAACAUGUUUAACAAGCCCUCGAUCAUGAAGUCCAACUCGGGCGCCGCUACCAUCGGCGCCACUGCUGGUCGCGAGCUGAAGAAGGCUAGACCCCAGAUUUCUCGAAUAAUGCGUCCUGGUUCCAGUGGCUCCAGCGUCGGGAGAGUUGUGAGCGGCAACCGCAAGCCCGUCGAAGACAACGGUAUGGAUGUCGACCAUGCCGAAAGUGCCCGAGUGAGGGACUCUCACGCUGUACAGCACGCAGCGCCGAAAACCGCUCCUCCUGAGCCAGACCACGCCAGAAUCGAGGAGGCUCUAAGAUGGGUGAUGGAGCUGAUGAAGAAGUUCGCAUCUGGUUAUUACUCGUUCAAGGCGUUCCGCUGCCAGGAGGCGCUGCAAACGUAUGCCUCGCUGCCGAGGAGCCAGCAAGAUACGCCCUGGGUUCUAGCACAGAUGGGACGGGCGCAUCACGAACAAGCCGCCUACCAGGACGCUGAGAAAUACUUCAGAAAAUUACGCGUGCUGGCACCCACCCGGAUGGAGGACAUGGAGAUAUACUCGACCAUCCUGUGGCACCUCAAGCGCGAGACAGAUCUCUCCUUCCUCGCCCAUGAGCUCGUGGACGCCGACUGGACGUCACCACAAGCAUGGUGUGCCCUGGGUAACGCCUGGUCUCUGGCACGAGAGCACGAACUGGCACUACGCUGCUUCAAGCGCGCGACGCAGCUCAACCCCAAGUUCGCAUACGCCUUUACUCUGCAAGGCCACGAGCAUGUCGCAAAUGAAGAAUACGAAAAGGCUCUUGGCGCCUUCCGCAAGGCUGUCGCGGCCGACCGGCGACACUACAACGCUUACUAUGGCAUAGGCCAGGUCUUUGAGAAGCUCGGCAACCACGAAAAGGCAUACGUGCAUUUCCAUACGGCCUCCGACAUUAACCCGAACAAUGCCAUUCUCAUUUGCCGCAUUGGAGUCAUCCUCGAGGGGCAGAAGCAGAUGAUGGCCGCAUUGCAGUUCUACAGCAAGGCCACAGACUUGGCGCCUCGGGCGACCGUUGUUCGUUACAAGAAGGCGCGCGCCUUGAUGAGUCUUGGCAAGAUUGAUCUUGCAGAGAAGGAGCUGCUUAUCUUGAAGGACACGGCCCCCAACGAGGCCAUGGUGCACUUCCUUCUGGGCAAGUUGUACAGAAACAUUAACGAGAAGCAAAUGGCGGUGCGCGCCUUCAGCAAUGCGCUCGCUCUGGACCCAAAGGCCAGCCAGUCGAUCAAGGACGCCAUUGAGACCCUCGAAGAUGAUAUGGGCAUAGAAGACUCCAUGAUGACGUAGCGCGACAAUGGCAAGGGCGCGACGGCUGCUUGAUGCCAUUGUCGCUUGCAGGGGAUGGCACUUGCAUUUUCUGGGGAUGUUGUGAGAAAUCAAGACGAGUCCGGUAACGUACGACGAGACGAAAGCAAGUUUGUCAGGCUCGGUUUUGGGCAUGGCAAAGCACCACGAUGGCACGGAUUCACGUUUGUUGGCAUGCUGCAUGGCAUCGGCGUUUAGGAAAGCAAAUCAGGGGAAGAAUAUUGGCUUGGGAAGGGCCCGAAGGUCGGCCUUAUUGUAUGUUAGCGUCCUACUCGGCGCCACAGCAGUGAUUACGGUGAAUAGCUUGUUAU